ACUAGUGACGGUUCUGACGGUUAACAACAAAAUCAAAUGAAAAUUUUGAAAAUUAGAACGAUGAUUGUGAUUUUUUAUGACUUAUGUUAUUUUAAAGACUGUGCUUGAUAUCGUGUGUAUUUUUGAGCAAUUUUGUGAAGUGCUGGGCGUAGUUUGAGCUGUUUUGUGGAUUUUCGACGAACCGACUGGCGGCUACCUACCGAUAUCAAACGAAUUAAAAUGGUGAAAAUGGAUAAGGGCACAGCCCUUAUACCUUCGAAAAGUGGUUCUACGCAGAAAAUGGCAGCGAACAUCACAGUAGUUGUAAGAGUUAGACCCAUGAACGAUAGAGAACUAGGCCAGAACAAUCGCACGGUGAUCGAAGUUAUUGACGAGAAUCAGCUAGUAUUCGAUCCCAAAGAAGAUUUGCCGCCGUUUUUCUACCAAGGCGUCCAACAACCUAGCAAGAAUUACCUUAAACGCGCCAACAAAGAGAUGAAAUUCGCAUUUGACAGUGUAUGUGGGCCAAACGCUUCAAAUCAAGAUGUUUUUGAGAGUGCCACCAAAGAUAUGCUGGCAGCUUUGAUGGAAGGGUACAACUGCUCUGUGUUUGUGUAUGGGGCGACUGGCGCAGGCAAGACCUUCACCAUGAUUGGCAGCAAAGAGCAUCCUGGUAUCACAUACUUGACAAUGGACCACUUAUUUCACACCAUAAAUGGAUUUCAAAUGGACCGAGAAUUUGACAUCGCUGUAUCCUAUAUAGAAGUAUACAAUGAAAAUGUGUUUGACUUAUUAAAUAAAUCCUCCACCCCUCUUCAAUUGAGGGACUACCACCAGUAUGGAGUGACAGUGGCGGGACUCUCCAUACAUAAGAUUGAAACAGCCAAGGAGCUGCUGGAUAUGCUGGAGUUUGGCAACCGUAACCGGACCCAGCACCCCACUGAUGCCAAUGCUGAGAGCUCUCGCAGCCAUGCUGUCUUUCAGGUGUAUGUAACAAUGCGCUGCAAGACUAGCAGCCAGUGUCGCAAUGUAAAGCUAUCCAUGAUUGACCUGGCUGGUAGCGAGCGUGCCUCUGCCACUGGCUGUGUGGGUGAGCGAUUCAAGGAGGGCGCCAACAUCAACCGAAGCCUGCUGGCACUCGGCAACUGCAUCAACAAGCUGGCCGACGGCAGCAGCUACAUACCCUACAGGGACUCUAAACUGACGCGCCUCCUCAAAGACAGCCUCGGAGGCAACUGCAAGACAGUUAUGAUAGCCAACGUGUCGCCAUCCUCACUCUGCUAUGAAGACACCUACAACACUCUGAAGUAUGCCGCGAGAGCCAACAAGAUCCAACUCAGCAUCAAGAAGAAUAUAGUCGAUGGUAACAUGAACUCCAGUCAAUGUUUGAAGAUGAAUAAAGAGCUGCAGAGGCGGCUUGAGGAAGUAGAGAAGAAGUACAAAGAAGUACAAAAAAAGAUGGAGUUACAAGCCAAACUGGCCGUGUCCACCAACAUUGUGGCUGUUGACAUCAAGGCGAAAAAAGCAUUAUGGAGUCAGCGCAUCAACGAGGUGGAGCUUAUUCACGGUGCGCUGGAGAGCAAGUUGCUUUCUCUGAUGAGUCAGCAGCGCGUGGUCGCACUGAGGCACUUCCUGCGCACGCGCGCCUUUAAGCACGUCGCUGAUCUUGCGCACCGGUCGUCUUGCGACGCGCUGGAACAAAUAUGUACCGAAGACAUCCCGCGUCAAGAGCGCGCCUCAGAGACUUACACACAAAAACAAUUGAGCUGGAAUUUGAAAAUUAUGGACGUGUGGAAAAAAUGGACAGAGACUGGCAAAAAACUGCAAAACUUACUCAACGACGGCAUAGCCGACUGCCCUGACUUGAACGUAUACGUCGAGAUUAUCAAUCUGCGAAGCAAGAACAGAAUAAGCGAUGCUCGAAAUGAUCUAAAAGAAACACUUUUCUCAAUGAUGAAGAACGAAAUAACAGUUUUCACAGAAUGUAUGGGUGAUGCGUUCAAUAUGCUGAAAAAAGUGUAUCUAACUUUGAAAGGUUAUGGGCACGCCCCACCCACGUUGACUAUGGAAUACCUCGAAAUUAUAAACAAGGUUAAAUCAGCGAAAGGCAUAAGCUGGUCGGAUGAUGUAAAAAUCGACCCGCAUUUCAAAUUCAUAUUGACUUUGGAUCUAGAAAAUCCGAUAGCCCCCAUCGACUUCAGCCAAGAUCAAGAUGUCAAAAAUAGUACAAUUGAUGUUAUAACGGAUAGCGACGACUUGGCUGACAUUGAAAAUCAGGAACCUUGUACCAAAAAGCGUAAAGGUACACCGAUUAAACUCCAAAAUAAUGAAACUAUCAUCAUAAAUGAUUCAUUCGAAGCUUUGGAUACCCAAAAUAUUAACUCUGCGAAAAAGUUUAAGAUGGAGAGAGCAGGUAUGGAGAAUUUGAACGAUUUUGGUGAGCUCAACCCAGCAGAUUUGAAUUCGACUUUUGUGCUUGCGGGAAAGAUGGAUGUAUUGAGAAAGUUGCCCGUCAAAGCAGUAUCAAACGAGGUACAGCCUAUGAAGAGGGGUCUGACAGAUCGCACCAACACUAUCCAGAGGACUAUUAGCUUCAACAAUGACAAUAAAGCUCGUAUCGUGAAGCCGGUGCUGCCAGUGAAGCGCGUGGGCACCGCGACGCCGCAGCCGCGCGGCCCGGCUUUCGGCUCCAGCGUGCCACGCGACGGCACCAACUUCCGCACGGAUAUGUCAAGAAAAGUUCCUGUCACUCAAAGAUCAGUGGGUUUUAAAGCAGUUCGCGGGCGCGAGCGGCCGCAGGCGCAUCCCUACUCGCGCCCCGGAGCCUACACCAGGAAGUGAACAGCGAGUGAACACCGAGUGAACAGCGAGUGAAUGGUGAGUAAACAGCGAGUGAAUAGCGAGUGAACACCGAGUGAACUGUGAGUGAAAACUUAACAGGCAAUAGCCACAAUAUCUAUCAUUAUGUUAGAGCUAGGCCUACAGGUCUAUGGAAGAGAUAUCCACGUUUCACUCGUUAUAUCGACUCGUACCUAUAUAAACUGUAAAUAAGUAAUCCCAGUUAUUGAAACUUUUGCAUACUUUUAAAGGAUCUUUGAUUAAACGUUUUUGACUGAGCAAAAGUGAAUAAUUAUGUGACGAGCAGUUUUAAGAUAGAUAUUAUAUGCAUAAUAUCACUUUUGCAUAUUUAGUGACUUUAAGGUGACAUCCAAGUGUAUUCGUUUGAUUAGUAUCGUGUAUAAAUUGACUAAUAUUGCUAAAAUAAUUAUCUCUGUUUAAAACCCUCGUUGUAGCCUGGAUAUUAAAAUUUCUGUUUUCCCUAUAAUUUUUUAAUUUUUUACAUACCUAAGUAUUAAAAAUUGUGAAAAAAAAAAUUGUCUUUAGCAUAAAAUGUGACUAAUUAUGUGAAAGAGGUAAUCUUGUUGGACACGAUUUCUAAAGUAAAAGGAUAGGUCUUAAAUGUAUUGUUAUCCCUUUCAUAAUGCUCCUUGCAGAAAAUAAUAGCAUUAGAUUUAGACCUAUCAGUUUAGUUUAGAGAUUGUAUAGGAAUAGCCACAAUGACACAGUAUAUUGUAUGGUAUAGUGCCAUGACCCAAGUUCGAUUUUGGGUUAGGUCAAUUUAGGUAUCAAUCUGUGUGGUGAUAGAUAUUAUUUACCGCUCUAGUGCCUUAAAGUAUAAAAAACGCAUUGUUACGCCAGUUCGUAAUGUUUGUAAGUUUUUUCAUACUUUACAUAAUGUACCUAGUACCUAUACGUAAUAUACCCACCUACAUUUUCUGACAAUUACAAUACCUACUUCCAACUUCCAAAGUUAGCAUUAUUGAAAUAGAUAUUGUUUAUAUAAUUUUUAAUGACUAGGUAAUAUAAUAACUUUAUAUUGUACUAGCUUAUGUGCGCAACUUCGUCCGCGUGGACUACGCAUAUUUCCACCCGCUGUUUUGGAGUUGUAUUUUCAAAAUUCCUUUCUUAGUGCAUGUCUACGUCAUAAUAGCUAUCUGCAUGCCGAAUUUCAGCCCGAUCCGUCCGGUAGUUUGAGCUGUGCGUUGAUAGAUCAGUCAGUCAGUUAGCUUUUCCUUUAAUAUAUUACGUCGCAGUGAAUUGGCAUAAGCCGUUAGUUAGCCAACUCCCUUAGUGACAUGGCGAACGCCCGGGAGAUGUUAAAACGAUUUUUUUUCUCUCGUCUGGCUUUACAAAGAUUAGCCAAUGUCAAGU